CAAAACUACUUUCCCAGAGUUCAAAGCGCUGUCGCAUUUUGGCGCAUGCGCUUAGCUACAGUGUCGACUGUCGAGGGCCGGGUAUCAUGGCGACGUACGUGGACAUUCUGAAAAACGAGUUUCCUGAGAUCGACUCGGAGCUUUUCGAUUACAUUACAGGGGUUCUAGACAGUGGUGGGUCAGACUUCGAGGAUGGGGAGGAGGUCUACGAUGCCGUCGGAGGAGUCCUGCAGGAGGUGUCUGCUGACAGUAAAAAUGAGGACGACAUCAGAGACAUCUGUCUGCAAAUGUUUAAUACACUUAAACUCAAAAAUCACAAUGCUGCUCAGAAACAGGUGUUGUUGGACGCUCCAGUGCAGCUUUCGCAAAUCUCUGCAGACACCGAUUCAGCAGCAGAUGAUGUUCGGGGAAUCUGGAUGAUGAAACGCCCUCAGAACACAACAGUGGACGCCAAGAAGUUGGAGAAAGCUGAAGCGAAGCUGAAAGCUAAACAUGAACGGAGGAAUGAGAAGGACUCGCAGAAAUCUUCGAACCCCCUAGUCCUGGAGGAGGCAUCGGCCAGUCAGGCCAGCAGUAAGAAGGAAAACAGAGUGGACCUGUCAGGGAAGAAUCGCAGCUACGACAUCCGCAUCGAGAACUUUGACGUUUCAUUUGGGGAGAGGUGUCUGCUCCAGGGGGCAGAGCUCUCUUUGGCAUCUGGUCGUCGUUAUGGUCUGGUCGGUCGUAAUGGUCUGGGGAAGACGACUUUAUUGAAGAUGCUGGCGAGUCGUAGCCUUCGUGUCCCCGCUCACAUUUCCAUUCUUCACGUGGAGCAGGAAGUGGCGGGUGACGAUACACCGGCGCUGCAGAGCGUCCUGCAGAGCGACACACUGAGAGAGGAUUUGCUGGACGAGGAGAAGCGGCUCAACGCUCGAAUCACUAAUGGAACUGCUGAUGGGAUGGAGAGUGUCCGUCUUUCGGAGAUAUACAGAAAGCUGGAAGAGAUCGAGGCAGACAAAGCUCCAGCUCGAGCAUCUGUCAUCCUGGCUGGUCUUGGAUUCUCCCCCAGAAUGCAACAGCAGACCACCAAGGAGUUUUCAGGAGGAUGGAGGAUGAGGUUAGCGUUAGCCAGAGCUCUGUUUGCUCGGCCGGACUUGUUACUGCUGGAUGAGCCGACCAACAUGUUGGAUGUCAGAGCAAUCCUGUGGUUAGAGAACUACCUUCAGACAUGGCAGUCGACCAUCUUGGUUGUGUCCCACGACAGGAACUUUCUAAACGCUGUGGUAACAGAUAUCGUCCACCUACACUCUCAAAGGCUUGACAGUUACCGUGGCGACUAUGAAAACUUUAUUAAAACCAAAGAGGACAGACUAAAGAACCAGCAGAGAGAGUAUGAAGCCCAGCUGCAGUAUAGACAACACAUACAGGUCUUUAUUGAUAGGUUCCGGUACAACGCCAACAGAGCGGCUCAGGUUCAGAGCAAACUGAAGCUGCUGGAAAAGCUGCCAGAGCUGAAGCCAAUCGAAAAGGAAUCUGAGGUCACAUUAAGAUUUCCAGAUAACUUUGAAAAGUUGUCUCCACCAAUCCUGCAGUUAGAUGAAGUAGAGUUCUACUACACCUUAGACCUUCCUCUCUUCUCUGGACUCAAUCUGUCGGCCGACCUCGACUCUCGAAUCUGCAUCGUGGGAGAAAAUGGAGCAGGUAAAUCCACUAUCCUCAAACUGCUGAUGGGGGACUUGUCGCCGGUCAGCGGAGUCAGACAAGCUCAUAGAAACCUGAAGAUUGGUUACUUUAGUCAGCAUCACGUAGACCAGCUGGACUUGAACGUCUGCUCAGUGGAACUGCUGCUCAACAAGUUCCCUGGUCGAACAGAGGAGGAGUACCGGCACCAGCUGGGAGGGUACGGGAUCACGGGCGAGCUGGCGACGAGGCCGGUGGCCAGUCUGUCAGGAGGACAGAAGAGCAGAGUCGCCUUUGCACAGAUGACCAUGCCAUGUCCAAACUUCUACGUCCUAGACGAGCCGACCAACCACCUGGACAUGGAGACCAUUGAAGCUCUGGCCAAAGCUCUCAGUAAAUUCAAAGGCGGAGUCAUCCUUGUGUCACACGACGAGCGUCUGAUCCGGUUGGUGUGUAAGGAGCUGUGGGUGUGUGAAAGUGGGAAGGUUCGACGUAUUGACGGUGGCUUCGACGAGUACCGAGACAUCCUGCACGAGCAGUUUAGGAAGGAGGGUUAUCUGUAACGACUGCUCACACCCAUUUGUACUUUAAGCUCCGCCCUCAUAAUGACGCAAAGCAGCCAAUCAGCUGCCAGAGCAACGCCUCUGAAUCAGCUCACCUCCAGCUGCAGGUCAUGAUCUGUACCGAGUUGAUUGGUCGAUCACCAGCUAAGGUCACGGUGGACUCAAGGAUGAUUAAAACCCGUAUGUCGUCACUGGUUUUGUUUUCUAUCAUCGACUGGCUGAGGUUUUACUUGUUUUAAUGGACCUGAGGUUCUAUUUGCAUCAGAGACACAAUAAAAACAUGAGAUUAUGA